UGAGAUGUAAAGGAAAUUAUUGGAAAAAAAAAAAGCACUGCAAAUGACUCUCUACCAUGACUUUGCACCAUUGCAUCGACGUUGCUGGUCUGGCUACGAGGCUCUACUUUGGUGGCAACUUUGGUCGGCUAUGCUUUUAGAUCUUAGCCUCUAAAAUCACACCACGUGUCCUCUCCUCUCCGUCUCCCCCAUCUCUCUCAACUGCGAAUAUUAGCAUUGUUUUUUUGGGCUUGCAACAGAGAGAAUUGGAAAGCUCACACUUGGCCAAGUUGGCCUAAUCAAUCAGGAGCCUCUACUGGGUUACAGCUAUUUGCAGGAAAGCAAUAGAACUCUACUUAGAGAGAGAGAGAGAGAGAGAGAGAGAGAGAGAGAGAGGAUUUGGUCUAUAAAUGUUGACUUCUUAAUUUAGUUGGUUUGCAAAUAGAAGGAGUUGGAAAAAUGGAAAGGUACGAGAUUGUAAGAGACAUAGGGUCUGGGAAUUUUGGAGUGGCCAAGCUUGUUAGAGACAAGUGGACUGGUGAGCUCUACGCUGUCAAGUUCAUUGAGAGAGGCAACAAGAUUGAUGAGCAUGUGCAAAGGGAGAUCAUGAACCACAGAUCCUUGAAGCACCCCAACAUAAUUAGAUUCAAAGAGGUCCUGCUAACACCUACUCAUCUAGCCAUAGUCAUGGAAUAUGCAGCAGGAGGAGAACUUUUCGAAAGAAUAUGCGCUGCCGGUAGAUUCAGUGAGGAUGAGGCAAGAUUCUUCUUUCAGCAACUGAUAUCGGGGGUCAGUUACUGUCACUCAAUGCAAAUUUGCCACAGGGAUCUUAAGCUGGAAAAUACACUCUUAGAUGGAAGCUCAGCGCCGCGUCUCAAAAUUUGUGAUUUCGGCUACUCCAAGUCGUCCGUGUUGCAUUCCCAACCCAAAUCGACGGUAGGAACACCGGCCUACAUUGCUCCAGAGGUCUUAUCGAGAAAAGAGUACGAUGGGAAGAUUGCAGAUGUUUGGUCUUGUGGUGUAACAUUAUAUGUGAUGCUUGUUGGCGCCUAUCCCUUUGAAGAUCCGGAUGAUCCGAGAAAUUUCAAGAAGACAAUUAACCGGAUAUUUAGCGUACAGUACUCGAUUCCAUCCUAUGUUCGCGUCUCUUUGGACUGUCGACAUCUUCUGUCUCGGAUAUUUGUUGCCAACCCGGAAAAGAGAAUCACCAUUCCGGAAAUCAAAAAGCACCCGUGGUUCCUGAAGAACCUGCCAGUAGAAUUCUCGGAACAAGAGGAAGCCAGCACGCAAAGGAACGACCAAGAUCAAAAACCGUCUCAUCCGAGCAUGGAAGAAGUCUUGGCAAUAAUACAAGAAGCUCGGAAAGUCACAGAGGCGGCUGCGAGAGGGGGAGGGCAUUUCGUCGCAGGCAGCAUGGAUCUCGAUGAUGCAGAUCUUGAUGAUGCCGAUAUAGACGAUGGCGAAAUAGAUUCGAGCGGAGAAUUCGUCUGCACAUUGUGAGCGUUGAUUUUUGUAAUGGAAACUUAACACUGUAGAAAAUGCAAUUCAUGAUCAACGGCAUCUUUGCAUUUUCUAUGUGAAUCCAAUCACUAGUGUGUUCAUGUGGGUUUUUUUUUACUUGGUGUGAUAUGACAAUGUAUUUUAAAGGCCAAUCAUGCCGAUUUAUCUCCUACUUCCUAGAAUUUGAAGAAUUUUCGAUUAGCGA